AAUGCUGAGAAAUUUCUUGAACACAUAGCAUAAAUACACUUCUCCUAAGAUCCACAAUUAAUUUCACCUGAAAUGAUGAUUCCACAAUUUACAUUUCAUAUCAUCAUUUUAAUUAUAAUAUCCCUCAUAUCUCCACCACUAACAUAUGCACAAGCAGAAUAUGAAUUCAUAGCACAACGUGAUUGUGCUUCAACAUGUGGAACAAUUUCAAUCCCUUUCCCAUUCGGUAUGAAUGAACCUCAUUGCUAUGCACACAAAUGGUUCGAAGUAGAAUGCAAAUUAGACAACACUUCUCAUAUUGAAAAACCUUACUUGAAGUCAUUAAAUCUUGAGGUAACACUUUUUGACGUAAACUCAGCCUUGGUAGAAAUCAUGAAUCCAAUUUACCAUUCCAAUUGUAAAAAAAACAAUAACAACAACAACAAUAAAACUGUUGUUAUAAACCUUAAAGACAGUCCUUUCAUUUAUUCCCAACAGUACAACACAUUUCUAGCCGUUGGAUGUAACAAUCUUGCUUUUCUUCAAUCAAAUGGAACAACGGUUGGUGGUUGUGUUUCAAUCUGUGAAGACAAUAACAACAAUUUCAAUUUGGAGAGCCGUAGUUGCAACGGAAGAUACUGUUGCGAAACAUCACUACCUAUGCAUCUUGCGGAGUAUAACGCAACAUUACAAGGUUUAAGGAAAGAGAGUAGUGAUCAUGAUGAGUGUAGUUAUGCUUUGAUUGCAAGUGAUUUUUGGUUUUCUUUUGAUUGGUCUUUUAUGACGGAUUCAGAGAUUGAAAAAAUGAAUAAUUUGAAGAAUAUGGAGUAUGCUCCUGGGAUACUUGAGUGGGAGAUUUUGAAUGAGAUGUUCGUUAAUUCGACAUUUCAAAUUCCUUCAGAUUCGGUUUGUUAUGAUUCUAAACGUACAUCUUUAACUAAUAGGACUACUGGUCGCCGAUGUGAUUGUCCCUCUGGCUACAAUGGUAAUCCCUAUGUUCUUGGAGGCUGCACAGUUAUUCAAGGGUUCUUCAAUAAGAAUAAUCGAUCGAAGAAGUGGGUUAUUGUAGGAGUUUCGUCAAGUCUUGGAUCUAUAGGUUUCCUCAUUGGUCUAUGGUUAUUGCAUAAAGAUGUGAAGAAAAGAAUGAUAAAGAAACGCAAAGAAAAAUUCUUCAAAAGAAAUGGUGGUUUAUUAUUACAAAAAAGAAUGUCUUCUGGAGAAGUAAAUAUUGACCAAACAGUUCUCUUCACCUUAAAAGAUUUAAAGAAAGCCACUGACAAUUUCAAUAAGAACAGAGUCCUUGGAAAGGGAGGACAAGGUACAGUUUACAAAGGCAUGUUAGUAGAUGGUAGAAUUGUUGCUGUGAAAAAGUUUAAGGUUGAAGGAAAAGUUGAAGAGUUCAUCAAUGAGUUUGUUAUUCUCUCACAAAUCAACAAUAGAAAUGUUGUCAAACUAUUAGGAUGUUGUUUGGAGACAGAAAUUCCAUUGCUUGUUUAUGAAUUCAUUCCAAACGGUAACCUUUUCGAGUAUUUGCAUGACCGAAAUGAGGACAUACCAAUGACAUGGGACAUGCGUUUGAGAAUUGCUACUGAAAUUGCUGGAGCUCUAUUUUACUUACACUCAAUUGCAUCUCAACCCAUUUACCAUAGAGACGUCAAAUCAACAAAUAUACUAUUGGAUGAAAAGUAUAGAGCAAAAUUGGCAGAUUUUGGAGCAUCAAGAAUAAUUUCAAUUGAAGCUACUCACCUUACCACAGUGGUUCAAGGUACUUUUGGAUACUUAGACCCUGAAUAUUUUCAUACUAGUCAAUUUACUGAGAAAAGUGAUGUGUAUAGUUUUGGAGUAGUUCUUGCUGAACUUUUAACUGGUAAGAAGCCAAUAACCUCUGUAGAAUCUGGUGAAUCCCAAAGUUUAGCUUCCUAUUUUGUUCAGUGUAUGGAGGAGAAUAGGUUGUUUGACAUUGUAGACGAAAGGGUCACAAAAGAAGGGGAGAAAGAACAUAUUGUUGCAGGUGCAAAUCUUGCAUAUAGAUGCUUAGAGAUGAAUGGAAGAAAACGACCAACUAUGAAAGAAGUUACAUUAGAGUUGGAAGGGAUCAUGCGAUUAAAUAAGAAGCUUAAUGCACAACAAAACCAUGAGGAAAUUGAGCUUGCUGGAAUUGAAGAGUCCCAACCUUGGGAUGGGUAUUAUGCAUCAAAUUCAUGGCCAAUUGUCAGCAGCCAAACACACUCCACAAACUCGGAGGUCACGCAUAUUCUUGCAUUAAAAUAGUUAGUUUGUUUUUGUUUAAUAAUUGCUAUUAUUUUUUGGUGUUGAUUAUUGUAACAUGUAAAAUAAACAAGAGUUUGCUUAGGCUUUGGAGAUCAGACAGGGAGAUAAUCUAGUUAUGGAUAAGUGAAUAGUGGACGUAUUUAAUUGGCAUAAACCUUGUCGGUUGAGGCACACUUCAUACUUGCUAUUUUUUUAUCAUCCAUGUUUUAAUAGACUUUUUUCUGCAAAAUCAGUUAUUAGCAA